AUGGAGCAAGUUGAGGCAACCGCGUUGUCGUCGCUAAUGCUCCUGCCCUACGAGAGGCAUCUCAUAGAAGAGGCCAUUCAACAUGCACGCGUUGCUGGCGCACCACACCUAAACCCAUCCAGCGACCCAAAAGACCAUCCUGCGCAACAACAGCAACAACAACAACAACCUGGCACCACGCCCUUUCCCGCCACAUCGCUAUCCCUUUCCGUAACGCCUGCCAAUGCUGCCCCCUCAACCAGCAAACGCACCGACGCAACACCCCUACCCUUGAGCGCUCAUACAAGUAUCCAUUGCGGCAGCGGCAGCGGCAUCGACGGCGAUGGACACCCCGGCUGCGUCCUCGUCCUUGGCGCCGGGCCCCGGCAGCGAGCCCUCAUUACUGCUGAGCUCGCCCGCCACGACCCCUCCCUGGAGGCCCCCGUGGACAUCACCAAUGAAAUUCCUGCUGCAGAGCGUGUACAGCUGUACAGGGCCCUCCCUGGAGGUCGACCCCUCUUCAUCACCCCCCGAAUUCUGGUGGUGGACCUGCUGGCUCGCAGACUGAGGCCGUGGGAGGUUGGGGGACUGCUCAUACUCAACGCUCACCGCGCAAGUGACACCAGUGGCGAGGGCUUUGCAGUGGCGCUGCUCAAAGCUGAGGGGGACGCAGCCGCGCGGACGGGGCCGGCCAGGGGUGGCAGCGGAGGAGGGUGUUGGGUUUAUGCCCUGUCUGAUGCACCUGGUGCGUUCAACCGUGGAUUCAAUCGCGUGGAGCAUGUGAUGAAGGCGCUGAGGCUGAAACGGCUGCAUCUGUGGCCUAGGUUCCAGGAGCAUGUACGGCAGUGCUUGGACAAUCACAAGCCCGUGGUGUUUGAGUGGGACCAGGAGCUCAGCGGCCCCAUGGUGCUCAUCCAGGCCGCCCUGGUGGAGGUGCUGGAGGGCCUCAUCCGGGAGCUGAGGAGGACCAACAACAAACUGGACAUGACUGAGCUGGUGCUGGAGAACGGUGUGUUGCGCGCCUUCGACGAAAUCGUACGUCGACAGUUGGACCCCAUCUGGCACACCGUCAGCUACAAGACCCGGAGAAUAUGCACCGACCUGCGCACCCUGCGGGAGUUAUCCGCCCUGCUGCUGUCCGCCGACUGCGUGACCUUCCUGGCGCACCUGGAGGGACUCAGGCAGAGCGAGGGGGUGCGCUGCAUGUGGCUGUUCCAUGAUGCAACACACGCCAUUUACGAGCAGGCCCGCCGCCGUGUCUACAUCUACCGCCAGCAGCAGCAGCAGCAGCAAGGUCAUCAGAGCGCCUCCGGAUCCAGACCCGGAACCGGCACCCGGGCGGCUAGGGCCACCUCAGGAGGUGUGGCGGCGGGGGGGAGCAGCGCCUCAGCCGGUGCCGGUGCCGGUGCCGGUGGCGGUGGCAGCGGGUGUCACUCCGAGGUGGAGGCUAUCCUGGAGGAGCCGCCCAAGUGGGGGUUGCUGGGGGAGGUGCUGGGGGAGGUGCAGAGGCAGCGCCGGCAGCUGAGGGCCCUAGCGGGUGUGGAGGACCUGUCCACACUGGCUCGGACACUGACCCGGGAGCUGCGGGCGGGCGCACAGGAACACAAAUCAACACCACAACCACCCCGCACCGACAACACGGGCACAGCCCGGCCAGCACCGGCACCGGCACCGGCAGCGGCAGGGGGAACUGGGUCAGGGUUCAGGGCGGCUACCGGGACUCAGAAGCCGCGAAUCUCGCCGUCGUCCGGUCCUCGCCAAGGUCAGGGUUCUGAGUCGGGAGCAGUCGCGACCCGUGGGUCAGGUGGGCCGCAGACGGCAGCGGCGGUAACGGUUGCAACGGAAGCUGAAGCCUCACCCGACCCGGAGCUUCAGGUUGAGGUGGUGGACCUGGCGGCUUCCAGUGAUGCGAGCGAGGAUGGGGACCAGGACCAGGACGAGCAUGAUGACCUGGGGGACGAGCAGGGGGAGCAGGGACACAGGGCCGGAAGGAGGGCUACAGCCACGGCAGCAGCGCCCGCUGUAGCAGACCGCCGGCCUCAACCACCUCCCGUUGUUGGUGGUUCCGGAGCUGGGGGCUGUGGAGGUACCCCCACCGCCCAGUCCCUACGUGCGUUGCUCGAGGAUCUGGGUCUGCUGGGGGGCGGGGAAGGGGGAGGAGGAGGAGGGAUGACAUCAGCGGGCGGCAGAGGCAGCGGCCCGGCGGAACAGCGGUCCGAUGCGGCGGGCGGCAGCGGGGUCAGUGGCAGUGGGGUUGUGGAGGUGACCGCUGGCGACCUGCGUGUGCUCGCGGAGGCGGGUCGGGGGCCCGUGCUGGUGGUGGUCAGGGAGCUGCACUCGACCAGGUUGCUGGAGAGGGUGGUGCGGGAAGGCGGCCGUCCAGUCAUGCAGCAGUUGUACGAGUCGUACCUUCUAAGCAAGUUGAAGCCGACGGAAAGAGGACGUCGCGGCAGCGAUGCAGCUGCCGGGGGCGGGGACGGCGGUGCAGCCGCACCUGGCGGCAGCCGCGGCUCCGGGCGCGGCCGUGGUGGCGGCGGCGGCUGGAAGCGGUACCGUGGCGGCGGUGAUGGUGACGAGUGCAGUCACGGCCCGGUGUUGCGGCCGGGGGAGCAUCAGGCCCUUUUGGCAGAGGCCCACCGUGUGGGGGUGGCGCGGGGGGAGCCGGCGGCGCAGGUCCGGGGGCGGGGGCCGGGUCGGGCAGCAAAGAGGGCCAGGCUCGCGGGGGGAGAUGGCGGCGGCACCGGCACCAGCGCCGCAACGGUCCCAGCAGCGGAUGCGUCCGGGCGUCAGAGCCGGGGGCCCAGGGGCCGGCGGGGUGGCAGUAGCGGUGGCAGCAGGCGGCAGCGCAAGCCGGAUGAUUCACCGGUGCGGGUGGCAGCAGCGGCAGCAGCAGAUUCCGAACAGGAGGAGCAGCUGGAGAUGGAGGUGGCGGUGCUGGAAGGGGAGAAGGAUGAGGGGGGAGCUGCAGCAGGCAGCAAUGUGGGGGAUAGAGCGAGUGAUGACGACUGGUCGGACUUUCAAGGUGAUGAGGGGGUGUACGGCAAGCCGCCACAGAGUCGUGCGGCGGCGGCGUCUUAUCGAGGUCGGGGUACGGCAGGGCAGGGGCGCCGAAACGGCGGCAGCAGCAGGGCAAUAGGCCGCCAGGGCCGUGGACGCAGUACAGCUGCUGCUACUGCGGCGGAGGCUGGGGAAAGUGUCACUGGUGACAAGGUCACCGCCCGAGGGAAGGUGGCUGCUACUGCUGCUGCUAUUGCGGCGGCGCCGCAGCCGUCAACAGCCCCUUCGGCCACGGCUGUAGCUGCUACAGCGGGAUGUAGUGAUGAUGGCGCUGUAGCAGGUGGUGGCCAUGGAAUGUCCUCUCCUGCAGCUACUGCUAGUGAUACUGCUUCACAGGCAUUGCUCCAGGAUGUUCACUUUGUAAGUUUGGACGGCCAUGACGAGUUCGUGCUGUGGCGGCUGCGCCCCUCCUUCAUCAUCAUGUACGAACCAGACCUGGCCUUCCUGCGGCAGCGAGGGGGAGGGAGCAGCAACGGAGCUCGCGGGGGUGGGGGUGGCGCUCUGAGCGCAGACCUGUGGCUGGACGUGUACAGCGCCAAUGCACUCACCCGGUCUGCGGGGGGCCGCAUGGCGGGACAGGGGGGCGGCGGUGUGGGUGGUCUCGGAGCGAGCGGGGGAGGGGCGGGGAGGCGCCUGGUGGUGGACGUCCGGGAGUUCAUGAGCAGCCUGCCAGCGGUGCUGUACCAGAAGGGCUUUGAGCUGCUUCCCUUGACUCUGGAGGUGGGGGACUACGUGUUGAGUCCGCAGCUGGUGGUGGAGCGGAAGAGCCUGCCCGACCUGCACGCCAGCCUGGCCAGUGGCAGGUUGUACAACCAGGUGGCGGCGAUGUGCCGCCACUAUCCCCGGCCCCUGCUGCUCAUUGAGUUCGAUGCGGACCGGCAGUUCGGGUUGCAGAGCCCCUCCGAGCUGGGGGACGACAUCGACCCGCGCAACGUCAUCUCCAAGCUCACCCUGCUCACCCUGCACUUCCCCAAGCUCAGGCUGUUGUGGUCUCGGAGCCCACACGCCACCGCCGACCUGUUCGCGGUCCUCAAGUCCAACCAGGACGAGCCCGACCCCGCCGCGGCGGCGCUGGUGGGGGUCCCCCUGGGGCCGGACGGGGUGCCGCUGCCGCCAUCGGAUGCGGAGGGCGGUGGUGGAGGAGGAGGUGCUGGGGGGUUGCGGGCAGAUUCCAACUAUCGUGCCAUUCUGGGCCAUGUCUCCAGCCUGGCGGAGCUGGCGGCCCUGCCCCUGGAGCGACUGGAAGUCAUCAUGGCCAGCUCUAAGAACGCCCGCGCGUUGAGGGACUUCCUAGACGCGCCAUGUCCCCGGAUCUGAUCGUGUGGUUCGGCUGUAGAGGGCCGUGUCAGAGGGACGGCCGGGCGGUGCUAAAAACGCCUUUGGGGCUCCAACAGUAUGGAGCUCCCAGCGUACAUAUGACGUGAUACAAGGCUGCUGCGUACAUGCGUAUGUGUGUGGUGUCCAUUUAAAAGCCUCAAUAGGACUGUUGGGCAUUUUGAAGUUCCAUCUUUCAGCUUUGAAGCUAUAUAGUCGAUAUGUUCCUGCCACGCCGAAGCUGCACUUAUGUGUCGCCUUUUUGUACAGUAGCUGUGGAUCUGUCGUAUGUACCGACUGAUAGGAUAGGUUGUAGCUGAGAUUGUGUGUCUUGCCUGCUGCCUGCUGCGUGCGUGUGAGCAGCAGGCGUAUCAGACAUGGUAGGUUUCGAACGAAAUACCUUGCGAAUGCUUUAACGUUUUUUCAUCGCGGGGUGUACGGGCCCAGGCUGCAACCCGCGAAACACAG